AUGGGGCGCAUGAUUUUGCAGUUGUGGGUCAUCCAUGCCCCGAUAUCUACCGGGAAGGUGACCGAGGCUGGCGGCGAUGUGUUGAAUAAAGGCGGUUACGAGGCUGCGAUCAAUCUUUGGAAGAAAGUGCUUUUCGUCUGGGACUAUCUCCACGGCGUAACGGAUGUCCUCGCGGGCAUCGUACGUGCCGUCUCGGGCAUUCUCUUCCGUGUUAACGAUUACUGGUCGGACGAAUACAACAACGGCAUUUCGCUGUACCUCGCUGAGCGGUGGGAGGAAUUCUUUAUACUGCACUUUAGUCGUAUGCUGCGCUGGACCAAGUAG